AUGUUUGUUGGCAGAGAGGAGGCCCAGAACAAGCUGCAGGCUCUGAAGGAGCGUGGGCGGCUGGACGUGCUGCUUCACGGCCAGGAGAUGCGCGAGCUGCACCGCCGCCUCGACUACGACACCAAACUGCAGGACUUCCUCGCAGUCAAGGCGCAGCGCCGCGUCAUGGCCGACCUCGAGGCUAGGGAGGCGCAAAAGAAACAAAUGCAACGAGAGGCGACAGAGAAGAUGAUUGAGUCAUACCACAGUAUCCUACAGAAGAUCAAGGAGUUUUCCGGUGAGGACGACGUGGACAGGCUAGCUGCACAGUUUCUCAAACAGGAGGAGGAAAACUUCGCUUUGUUUAAUUACGUCAAUGAGCUGAAUAACGAGUUAGAGGCGCUGCAGGACCAAGUGGAUGUUCUGAAGACGCGCAUAGAUGAGCAGAGAGCGCUGAACCGGCAGCGGGCACAACAGCAGCAAGACUGCCUGGCAGAUCUGCGGUCACAGCUGGAGGAGAGGACGAAGGAGGCGCAGGACACGGAGGACGUCCUGAAGGAUCGCAAUGAUGUCCUCAGCAAGGUGCUCGAGGGCAUAGAGCGCAUAUUCUCCCUGGCACACUGUGCGCAGUCACCCGUCUUGCAGCUACUGGGUGAAGAGACACGAGUGACGACGCACAAUGUUAUGCUCUAUCUUGGCAUAAUAGAAAGGUGUUGCAACGAUCUGGCUAACAGCUUAAAUAAUGAUCAGGAUGCAAACACAGUGUCAUGA